GCUACAAGGGGGUGGGCGUGGGGGUGCCAGCAGCAACCAACUUGUCCGGUUCCCAGGUUCACCGAACCAUGGAAAGCCUAACGCUGAGUGAUGUCGAGCAGAAAUACUACUCGGACCUGUUCGUUUACUGCGACACGGACAACACCAAGAAAGUGGCUUCCAACGGGAGAGUUCUCGACCUUUUCCGGGCGGCCCAGCUACCCAGCGAAGUUGUCCUGCAGAUCACAGAGUUGUGUGGAGCCACUCGGCUGGGGCAUUUCGGACGGAGCCAGUUCUACAUCGCUUUGAAGCUCAUUGCCAUCGCCCAGUCUGGACUACCGCUGAGGGUGGAGAGCCUCAAUUCAGUCAAAGAUCUGCCGUUGCCCAGAUUUGUGGUAGGAAAGAACGAGGCUGAAGCGAGACACGCAGCUCUGUAUCAGGAUGCGGAGAGCCAAGGUCUGUACCCACCUACUGGUACUGCGGUAAUUCCCCGACCGCCGGGCAGGGGUCACCAGAACAAGAAAGGUCCCUCCUCCUCCACUUCACAUCCUGCCCACGAGGUCAUCCAGCCCAUGGCACCCAGCAUAGAAACCCAGCCCGAGCCGACGUCCCCGGUCAUCUCGCCUCACCAGUCGCCCCCCACCUCUCCUCACACUUGGAGGAAACACAAUCGGCAGCACAGCGGUGGAAACGUGGAGCGGCAGCCGGCGGUGGCUGCGACCGGAGCCGUGUGGACGCAGUUCAGAGAACCACAAACGGGUCCAGCAACCGGAGAUGGCACAUGGCCGUCCCACUCGCCGCCUCCGCUGCCGAGUCAGGAAAGCUGGGUCAGUUUCACAGCGGAUACGCCACCCUCCAGCACACUCCCCGCGAUGCACCCCUCAUCGGUCCAGGAAAGCUCAACGAUACGACCAGCGGCCUCAGCUGCGACCACCAACGAGAUCCAGCGACAGUCCUGCAGCUACGACGACCCCUGGAAAAUCACAGACGAGCAGAGGCAGUAUUACGUCAACCAGUUCAAAACCAUUCAGCCGGACCUCACCGGCUUCAUCCCUGGUUCAGCAGCAAAAGAGUUCUUCACUAAAUCAAAGCUUCCAAUUUUAGAGUUGUCACAUAUUUGGGAGCUGUCAGACUUUGAUAAAGACGGAGCGCUGACCCUGGACGAGUUCUGCGCCGCCUUUCACCUGGUCGUGGCCAGAAAGAACGGCUACGACCUCCCGGAGAAGCUUCCCGAGAGCCUCAUGCCAAAACUGAUCGACCUGGAUGACUCAGCAGAAGUCCCGGAGUCGACUGCUGAUGUUGGAUACUCUGCGUCGCCGGUGGAGGUCACCCCCAACAAGUCUCCCUCCAUGCCGUCGCUCAACCAGGCGUGGCCAGAGAUGAACCAGAGCAACGAGCAGUGGGAGACGUUUAGCGAGCGCUCCUCCAGCUCACAAACUCUGACCCAAUUUGACUCUAACAUUGCACCAGCUGACCCUGACACGGCCAUCGUUCACCCAGUUCCCAUCCGGAUGACGCCCAGUAAGAUUCACAUGCAGGAGAUGGAGCUCAAGAGAACCGCCAGCGACCACAAUCCUACUAGUCCUCUACUGGCAAAACCUCCAGAACUGUCUGAAGAAGCCAAACUGACUGCUUCCAUGAAGUUUGUAGCUGCCAACACUGUGGGUGAUGGUUAUAGCAGUUCAGACUCCUUUACCUCAGAUCAGGAACCAACCACCAGACAAAGAUCUCAGUCAGGUGCGUCUCCAGAAGCUCUGAAGGUGGUAGCGCCACCUCCCCCUCCUCCUCGCCCCCACCCUUCCCACUCUCGCUCUUCGUCUCUGGACAUGAAUCGCACCUUCGCUGCCACGUCUGCCCCGGGACAACCCCAACCCUCCACGACAGCUUUUCCUCCUGCAGUGCCUCCUCGCCCGCUACCCACACAAACAUCAGUGCCGCUCACGGGGCAUCGAGUAGAGGCUGAGGGUGUUCCUGGAGGUGGAGCUGCGCUCACCACCACUUCCCCCCAGCAGAUUCCUCAGCAGCCCAACUUUGCAGACUUUAGCCAGUUUCAGGCCUUGGCUGCCUCUGAGCAGCCCUCCAGCCUGCCAGAAAUGGACAAACACACCGAGACGGGGCAGGUGGACAAGAUAUCAGAAGGUGCCGGUCCUUUAAGAACCGUGAAGAGUGAUGGCCCAGCAGAUGAGAGGACCUCGGCUUCAGUCGCCUCUGCCAAGGGCUCAUCAGGACCACUGGCUCCUCCACCAAAACCCGUUCGUCGGAGGUUAAAGUCUGAAGACGAGCUUUGGCCCGAAGACGAGCAGCACGGUCCGCAGAAAUCCGGCGUCAUAGCUGCCCCCCUGACCGCACAACCCUCCAUCCCCAGGUCUGUUGGAAAAGACAAGAAGGCUAUUCAAGCUUCAAUCAGAAGAAACAAGGAGACAAACACAGUAUUGGCACGACUUAACAGUGAACUACAACAACAACUGAAGGACCUGCUGGAAGAGAGGAUAUCUCUGGAAGUCCAGCUGGAGCAGCUCAGACCGUUCUCACAUCUUUAACCAACGUGUGGUGCAAAACUCAGCUGUCAUUCCUCCGAGGCAAGGCUGUGGCCAUCCCUCCUUUCCUCCGCCUCUCUUUCUCCCAUCAUCUUGAAUUUCUUCAGUGCUGCUGUGUGGCGUUCACGCUCAAUCACACGGCAUCCGACCAGAAACCAGACAGACCUGACAUCAGUCUAAUCAACGAGCCGAGGAGAAUUCAUCAACUGGCACCUUUCAGUUUUUUUAAGAACAGGUGAAAUGAGGAUGGCGACAAACUGCGAGACGGUUAGGAGCUUCGGAUGAACUUUAGGUUUCUUAAGACACCACAGCUGGUGUCUGAGUACUUCACUCUCUGAGCAACUGAAGAAGAAAUGCAGAGUGUAACCGUUGUGUUUGUGUGACUGUUUGUGUCCUCGUGUUCACGGUUAGCGAGUUAAACGGAGGCUAGCACCAGUAUGUUUAGCUCUGCCACACCAAAUUUUAUUUUAUUAAAUAUUGGAUCAAAUUAAAAGGAUAGUUUGGAUUUUUUUUUACGAUGUUCUGUAGAGUAAUUUGUAGUCGUUGUGUAAGCCUAAAGCAGAAAUCACUCAGAAGUUCAUCAGUUUGUAAAAUAAAUCAGAAGCUAACAGGAAGUCGAAGCCGGAUUACAACCAAAGCAGAUUUCUGCCGUCUUAAAACAA